AAAAGAGAAGAUGGAAGAAGAACGAGGAAAUAUAGAAGUUUCAACAAAGGUUACAGAGCCAUUACUGAGUGUACCAAAUCCAAGAGCCCUCCAACAAACUGUUCCUUUUGUACCUGGUCAAUCAAAAUAUAUACAACUACUUAAUGUCAUAGAAGAACUUGGUCAUGAAGUUCGACCUACCUAUGCUGGCAGUCGUACUUCUAUAGAAAAAAUUAAGCGUGGUAUUGUACAUGCACGUAUUUUAGUUAGGGAAUGUUUAAUUGAAACUGAAAAAAGUGCUCGUCAGUAG